UGCUCCGCGGCUAAUGAUAGCAAGGUUAACGAAUAGGGAUUUAAUUCACUUUCGGUCUUAUCUGACACUCCGGGGGUCUACCAGAAGCUGCAGGAGGACUUAAUUUUGUCGAUACCCUCAUUUUUUCCUGCUACAUUCCCACCGAGGCGAGCAGCGAGAGCGAGAGACCCCCGCUAAUCCCGAGAAGUGGGAAGCGGCCUGCUUUCUUAGCCGGCUUCCCGGUCCAGCUCAGGCGGCUAGCACUGUCACCAGAGCCCGGUGCUUCCGCUGGCUUAUUUUUCUCUACACCGAAAGAAGCAUCGGAGCUUUGAAAUUAUUUUUGUUUUAAUAACCACCGCUUGUCUUUGACCUAUUUCUAUCCACAUCGACCCGCAGCUGUCGACGUUUCUCACCAAAGAGGACCAUUUCAAACCGGGGCGGCCUGUUUUGUUUUCGAGCCGCCAUGAAUCUCCGCGAACAAUAACACAGCCGUAACGAGCCUGCUGGGGCUGCACCGCCGAGCGAAAUAAGAGACACGGAUGCCUCUGUGUGGGGUAAUAAAUGCACCGUGUGAUACCAGCUCUGGACCGGCGUGAACACCCGGGGCGAGCAUGCAUGUGGACUAUGGAAUAUCGGGGGGAAAAGCAUUGCAGACCGGAGCACUUUGUCACGAAAGCCCCCGUUUAAAUUUCGGAGCUGCUGCUGCUAGCUAACCAGCUGUAAGUAACGUUAAAAGGCCACUGGUGGAGGAAAGGGCGCCACACGAUGCUUUGUCUAAUCACAACUCACGGAUUGUAUGGAAACAAACCGAACCGACUUGGGUGAACCGACGUUUUUAUGCAUGGUUGGCCUCCCCGUGAAUGCAGUUAAUAAUCGCUCCUAUCGGAAGCAGCAGUGCUUUUAGAGCUGGGGCGCAUUGGGGAUGGAUUGGAUGUGACUGGGGGAUGAGUAACCUCGAUUGCUCUGUGCACAGACUGCUAUAUAUGUGGGAUUUACCGACUGGGAACUGAAACCGUUACAUCCAUCUAUGCUCUCUUCAAAGCCACCAGACUCCCUUGACAAAAACACUAAUUUUACCUCACACAACACUGGAGUUGCGGCUAGUUUGUGUUAUUGCGCGGCUUUGGUGUUUUAACGUAUUCGUACAAAUUAACGGACCGGACCGGACUGGGGCCCCGGGCCAGGCAGCUGAGAUGAACCCGGUGAAUGCGACCUCUCUCUACGUGUCCGCGAGCCGUUCGGUGCUGCAGUGCGACCCCCGAGACCCCCGGGCCCUCGCGGAGCUCUGCAAGCUGCUGCCGUUUUUCCGACAGUCCCUGUCCUGCUUGGUCUGCGGUAACUUGCUGCAGGACCCCAUCGCUCCCACCGACUCGUCAUGUCAGCAUUACGUCUGUCGAGGCUGUAAGGGUCAGAGGAUGCAGCUGAAGCCGUCCUGUAGUUGGUGUAAAGACUAUUCCCGCUUUGAGGAAAACAGGCAGCUCUCCUUGCUUGUCCACUGUUACAGGAAGCUCUGUCUCUACAUCACACAGUCGCCACUCGCCCCGCACAUAGCCAGCGCUGCCAGUGACUCGCCGGACCUCCAGGCCAUCCUCAACGAGGGCCUCACGUUGGCCGAGAGCGAGCCAGAGGCGGAGGACAUUUCAGAUUCAGUCGGGCCGUCACAAACAGCCUCCACCUCUGACGUCGUCCAGCCCAGCGAGGCUCCUCCUACAAAGGAGCUGAAGGGGGAGGAGCCGAGCCCCGUGAGCAUUAACGGACUGCAUGAUUGUAACGGCCUGGUCAGUUCGGACACUCUGCAACCCAUCACCAUAGAAACAGGUGGAGGUGUUGCUAAGCAGGAGAGCUUCUCGGGGGAGAUCCCGGUGUGUGUGAGUGUCACGGGGACUGGGGAGGCGGGGCUUUGUGACAUCAGCACUUUUGGGGAUGAACUAAAACAUGGAGGGGGGCCAUUGUUGUUGAGUGUUGAGGAGGUGCUCAGGACUCUGGAGACGGACCCUGACCCCACACCCGAGCCCAACCCCCAGCCAGACUGCCCCCCCUCUGUACCUCAGUCUAGCCUCAACGGGUCUCACUGCCCAUCAGGGCCGGACUCCUCCCGCCUCAUCCCCUCCCUCCCCCCAGAGAACAGCACUCGUCCCCUCCAGCCUCACCCUCAGCCAUCCUUGCAGCCCCCCCCUCAGCCCUCCACAGUCGUCCCUCGUGUCCCCCCUCGGUGCCACCGCAAACGUUCCCGUUCAGAAAGCGACAGCGAGAAAGUGCAACCCCUCCCCAUCUCCAGCCUCCUACGAGGGCCUCCCCUCGGUGCCAACAGCUCCCCCCACCACCCUAACCCUGGUGCCACCACCAAACAGGAGCCUAAAUUUCCUGCAGCCCCGCCCCACCCCCACCUGGCCCCGGUGCCUAACGGUGGACCCCCUAAAGUGGGCAAGGCUGUGCUCGUCUCCAACAAGGCACUGAAAAAGACUGUGGAGCAUCACGGGGCCACUAAGAAGGCUUAUACCAAGGCCAGACAAGGGGUCCCCAAGCCCCGCGCACAGCCCCGUGACCGGGUGCCCCCACACCCCCACGCACACCCGCUGACACACCCACCCAGCCCCUCGAAGCCACUGUAUAAAAAGCCUGUGGAGAAGAAGGGCUGCAAGUGCGGCCGAGCCACACAGAACCCCUCCGUGUUGACCUGUAGGGGGCAGCGCUGCCCCUGCUACUCCAACCGCAAGGCGUGUCUGGACUGUAUCUGCCGCGGCUGCCAGAACUCCUACAUGGCCAACGGAGAGAAGAAGCUGGAGGCCUUCGCCGUGCCGGAGAAAGCUCUGGAACAAACCCGACUCACGCUGGGAAUCAACCUCACCAGUAUCACCGCGGCGGCCCUCCGCAGCCCGGCCACCAGCUCCCCUGGCAACACCCUCCUCAACGUCACCGCGGCCACGGGGGCGCCCGUCACCGCCACCUUCCUGUCGGGGGCGGGGCACGACAACAGGGGCUUUGACGAUUCGCUGGAGAUGCGGUUUGACUGUUGAGGUCCCGCCCCUCCUGUGAUCAGUCGUCACGCACAUUCCCCGCCCCGCCGGCUGGGCGUUAUCCAUCGGGUCGUGCCAGGGACCUGCAGUGGCGGAGCCAGAACAAGGCAGCUACAGUGACAGGCGGUAGUGAGGGUCACCAGCUGAAGCUGAGGGUUUGCCCUCCGUCCAUCGCCCGAAACUGCACCAUGCUUGUGGUCUCGCAUUACAGAUGCAGCGUGGAAGAGAAGAAGGAAAAAGAAAGAGGAGAUGUAGCGUUACUGUAUGUGCAGCGAUUUCAUUUCAGCGGGGAUAGAGUUUCUUUUCUUUUGUUUUCUUCUCUACUGUGGGUAAAAUGUGUAGAGCAUGUUGUGUAGCAAAGUCGGGAGUGUCGACCACGGUCACACGCCUCCGUGUGUGUGUGUGUGUGUGUGCGAGCAUGUGAGUGUGUAUGUAUGAAGGGAAGGGUUUGGUUUGGAGAUGAACCUUUAUUAGCAGGAACGGAGACAUCAUCAUUAUCGCCACCAUCAUCAUCAUCAUCAUCAGAGACUGGUGUAAUUUAUAUAAAAGAAAGAACUUUUUGUACAUGGACUUCCCAGUUUCCAUAUAAGAAGACAUUUUAUGAAAUAUUUUAUAAGUUACAUUCAAAGCAAUGGAAGCCAGUGCAGGGGGCGGAGCUGCUUUCAACCAGAAUAUUUUCCCACACGUGAACGGUAGAUUGUGUUUUGUAAACUGUAGACGACCAGAAGUAAAAACAUGACACGAUACAAACCUGAACGUAAACAUUAAAUGAUCCAGUCGCUCUUAUCUUUAAGGAUGUGAAUUUAACACCACCAGCCAAAUGUCAGGUCUGUUGAGUGUUAACACGCCGUGACACCCAAACAUCAUGCUAAGAUGUUGUUGCAUACAAAAAAAAGAAAAAACAAAACCAUAUAUUUAAGUGGUUAAAUGGUGAAUUUUGUGUGUUUAAAUAUAUCAAGGUUGCGAGAUAACCUGUCGAUCAUUUGUGUGUCCUUGUAUUAAGCACUUUUCUCACUUUUUCACACACACACACAUCUUCAAACCACCAUAUUAUACCGACCUGUUGUCACCUGUGUUAAAUGCUCUGGUUGACCGCAGGCCCCCCGCACGCUGUUUUCACAGGUUUUUGGUUUCUGAAAGCUACACACAUGCUGCUAAACACAACAAAGGACUCAAGAAGGAGAGCACAUGUUUUCCUUGUCUUUUGUUCAAUUUUUUUUUAAUAAGUUUUGUUAACAACAUUUGCAGUAUUUAUUGGACGUCUCCUACCGCAGGCUACGUGCCGGGCUUCAGUUUGACCUACUCUGCCUGUCAAGUCUGUCGAUCCAGUCUGGACUGUUUCUGUCUCGGUUAAUUUGCUGUCUUCUUCUUAGUGUUAGUUUCUGGUGUCUCCAAACUUUUUUGUUUUUGUUUUUUUUGUUUUUUUUUUUUGUUCUCCCUCGGGGCAUUUAAAUACCUGUAAUAUAACUGUAACAUA